AGAGACACAAAUACAGAGUGUGGCACUGUGGGUGCGCACACCUAUAUACACACGGCAUCAAUUCCCCGGAUCGUAGUAUCAGACAGAGAGCUAAAAGUUUGUUAGCUAGCAGCAGCAGCUCCUCGUCCUAGUAGCUAGCAGCAGCCAUGCCACAAGUGUUGUGGCUUCUUCUCCUCGUUCUGGUUGAUUCCCACUUGGUGCCAAUGCCACUGAUUGCCGCGGACACUGCUUUGCCCGGCACUAGCAUGUGCGGUCAUGUCGAGAUCCCCUACCCAUUCGGCCUUAGCGACCAUGCCUCCAGGCAGGGCAAGUUCACCAUCACUUGCAACCAAAGCUUCAACCCUCCGAGACCAUAUUUGGCCCGCAACCUGGAGGUCAUCGACAUCUCCCUGGAGACGGGCGAGAUGCGCGUCUUCUCCCCCGUGUCCUACACCUGCCACAACCCGUCGUCCAACACACGCGGGUCCUUGCAGACUUGGACAUUCCGCCUCCCCAAGCCGUUCCUGAUCUCGACGACGCGCAACGUCUUCACGGCGAUUGGGUGCAGCACUCAGGCGUUGCUGCAAGGUGGGGCUAACUGGAGCUACUUCACCGGCUGCACCACCACCUGUACGAGCUUGGAUUCAGCGGCACGAGACGGCGAUCGGUGCACGGGCCGCGGCUGCUGCCAGGCUGACAUCUCCGUCAACCUUGCCACCAUGAAGGUCGGCUGGAACGACCCCAACGAUCGCCCGGACAAUCGUGCCUGGCUCUUCAACCCCUGCAGCUAUGCUUUCGUGGCCGAGAAAGGCUGGUACAAUUUCAGUCGGCAAGACCUCGUUGACAAAGGAGGACAAAACUUCAGCAGCCGGACUGGAUAUAGAACCAUCCCUUUGGUGCUUGACUGGGCCAUCGUCAACGGCUCCUGCACGUCGUCAGAUGCAAAUUACGCUUGUUUGAGCGCCCACAGCAACUGUGCCAACUCCACACAACGGGAUUCCGGAUACCUGUGCGGAUGCAGCAAGGGAUAUGAGGGCAAUCCCUAUGUCACCGGAGGGUGCAAGAAUAUUAACGAGUGCAAGCUUGGAGAUUUUAAUGCAUGUGGCAGUGGUAGCAUAUGCCAUGACUUGGAUGGUGGUUUCGAGUGCAAAUGCAAAUUCUGGUACAGACGUGAUGGUAGGAGUGGUACGAGCUGCCAGCGGAUAUUUUCUACCACUACAAUAUGGACAAUCAUAGCAAUCCUUGCUGUCUGUCUCCUUACGUAUUGGGCGAUUGUGGAGUUGAAGAAACAAAAGCAGAGGAAAAUUUUCAACAAAAACGGUGGUGAAAUACUGAAGGACAUGGGCAUUAACAUUUUCACAGAAUGCGAGCUGAAAAAGGUGACAGACGGCUACAAAAAGGUCAUCGGAGAAGGCGCAUUUGGCAAGGUCUACAAGGGAACAAUCAAAGGCGCGGAACAAGUCGCCGUUAAAUGCUCCUUCACGAGAAGUAAAGCGCCUUGCCAUGAUGAAUUCCGGAACGAGAUCAUCUUCCAGUUUCGUAUUAACCACGCGAACGUGGUCCGCCUCAUUGGGUGCUGCCUGGAGACGGAUGUCCCCAAGCUUGUCUUCGAAUUCGUCCCCAAUGGAAGCCUCUACGAGCUGCUUCAUGUCAGAAGGGAUCAAGGGCUGUCCCUGCCGACGCGUCUGCACAUCGCCAUCGGCUCUGCGGAAGCUCUCUUUUACAUGCACUCGCAGGGUGGCCACAACAACCAUGUCCACGGGGACUUCAAGUCUGGAAACAUUCUCCUCGACAACGACCUCACGCCCAAGGUCUCCGACUUCGGAUCAUCCAAGCUCGUGUCCAUCGUCAGUGGGUAUGCCAAGUGGUACGUGUCAGGGGACAUGAACUACAUUGAUCCCACGUACUUGAAGACUGGCCGUUUCACAGAGAAGAGCGAUGUCUACAGCUUUGGGGUAGUUCUGUUGGAGCUUAUCACGAGGAAGACGGCCAAGUACGACGGGAGCAACAGCCUUACCAUAAACUUCGUCAAGUCCUGUAAGGAGGAGGGCCACGGGAGGGAGAUGUACGACCCAGAGAUGCUGAUGUCUGACGAUGCUAAAGAUCACCAUUACAUGGAGUGCCUGUACAGGAUCGGCACGCUUGCGGUGCAGUGUCUCAAGGAAGAUGUGGAUGAGAGACCGGCCAUGGCACAAGUGCUGAAGCAGCUUAAGCAAGUGCAGGAAAUAGCUUGCGGAGGCUUAUGCUCCGGGGCAAGUUAAUGAAAAAAGGCACGUAGAUGCAACAAGUAAUUGGCUGAGAAGUAGUCAUGGUUUGAAUGGAAGUGAACGAGAGUGGACAUCCAACCUAGUCGAUUUAUUUAUCAAUCCAGCAUAUAUCAUACAUGUACUAGCCGUGAUGCGGUUGAGCUAACUGCCUAAUUAAGGCCUAGGCUCCAGGAUAGUCAGGAGCAAUGCCAAUUCUUGUGUCAGAUUGUAUCACUUUAUCUAUCAGUGACCUGCUUGUGAAACUAUGUGUGGCGCCCAAAUGUUUUGGAUCAGCAUCUAUUGUGCAUCUGUUUUUAUAUAUGAUACUUGAAAUGAUUUGGAGUUGGAGCA